AUGACACCCACAGUUGAAAAUUCGCUUAUCACUUUAGCUGCGGCUGGAGAUGUUGACCAGAUGUGCACCCUAUUUACGACCAUCCAAGAGCCACCAUCAGAAGACACUAUUCAGCACCUUUUAACGGCAGCUGCGAAAGGCUCUCACCUCAACAUUAUUACUUUCCUAUUGGAACAGUAUCCUUCUAGUUCUCUAGAAGAGGAGGUCAUCAGAGCUGCGGUCUACACAGGUUCUAUCCCUAUCUUCAAGGCCUUACUCGCCCAAGAUCCCCGAGUGAUCAAUAUGCAAUUCGAUAAGCGUGGCACGCCUCUUAUCGUGGCAUGCACUAGUCGCCAGACGUUUGAGUACCUGAAAUUCCUACUCGAGGCUGGUGCCGACCCCAACCAGGACCCAGAAUGUGCCACCUUUCCGCUUGCGAUAGUAUCGGCGUUCUAUAACGACCCAGCCGUGAUCGAUCUGCUCCUACAAUACGGUGCUCAUUUGGAGGACUCGGGUGCACUGACUACCGCCGCCCGGUUCGGUAACGAGCCUAUGCUCCGCCGUCUCCUGGAUCAUGGUGCCCAUCUUGACUCGAUUCACGCAUCGCCCCUCCACGCCGCCAUCAGGGCUAGCCAUGGCGUUGUCAAAUCUGGCCACGUUAACGUGGUCAAAAUCUUACUACAGCACGGUGCCGACCCCAAUGUCGCUGAUAGCAGCGGCGCCACCGCGGUCGAGUUUGCCAGUCAGUUGAGGUCACAGGGGAAGGAUAUAUUAAACAUGAUGGAUAUUCUGACGGGACAUCAGAGCGCUGUCAAUACGUGA